AUGUUUCCUGUUCAGCGUUGGUCUUUGGCUCUUGUCGUGGCAUUGCAAGCAGCUACUUCGGCCUCCGCCCAAGGGUUGUCCGAGAAAGUCUGGGCAGUCUUCGCAUACACUCUUCAUGGGGACAGUGUUCCAACAGCCCUCCCCCGUCCGCAGACUUUGAGCCCGUAUGGCGCGAAUGAGCUUUACGCAGCAGGCUCCUCCUUCCGGGAUCGAUAUGUUGCCGUGUAUCCGGAUGAUUCAGCGGAGAAACUGAGGAUCCAGAAUCUGUCUCCAUAUGUGCUGGACUCAGAAGAAGUCGUCGUUCUUUCGAGCACUGAACAAUCGGUCGUGGGCUCUGCCCAAGCUUUCAUGCAGGGGCUCUACCCUCCUCUGAAACGGGCUGGCAACUUGACGUAUUCCGACUCGUCAUCUGUGUUGGCCAAUGGCUCCAUAAUUACCGCACCCUUUGAAGGAUACCAGUACCCGCAAAUCUUGGCCUCCAGCUCGGACGACCCUCAGUCACUCGUGGUGGCCGGGCAUGAUCAAUGUCGAGGACACAAAGUCGCGAGUUCUGAAUACCAAUCUAGCAACGAGUUUCAGCGAAUCACACAAGAAACGGAGGCAUUUUACAUCGACCUUUACGACCAAGCACUGUCCGGUGUCUAUGACCGCUCUUCCGCGACGUACAAGAAUGCCUGCGAUAUCGCGGAGUACUUGGAAUACGAGUUGAUACACAACGGAACUUUGAUGCACGUAUUGAGUAUGAAAGACAUCAAACAUGCGCGUUUGCUGGCCGACCAAUACCUCUGGGCGACAAAUGGAAGGAGGUAUACUUGGAAUUCCCUGUUGUCUAGUUUCACCGAUGGUGCUAUUCACACCAUUGCCGGUCGAACUCUAGCGUCACGUAUCUUGGAAACCUUUGGGACCAAUGUCCAGUAUCGGGGAGCCAACGAGAAAAUGACCCUUGCAUUUGGCGGUCCUGAGCCUGCCAUAGCUCUCGCAUCGCUUACAGAGCUGUCAUCUAGGUAUGAUGGCUUCUAUCCGCGUCCGUCGCUUGGUGGUUCGAUGGUAUUCGAGCUCUACAGUCGGGAAACCGAAGACAACCCGACCUAUCCAGAUCCUUCCGAGCUUUACGUUCGGUUCGUGCUCCACAACGGAACCGAUACUUCCACCAGAUUCACUACAUACCCUCUCUUCGGAUUUGGACCCAGCAAUAUCGAGAUGCGGUACAGUGAAUUUCAAGCGGAAAUGGAACAGAUUGCCACCCUGUCAACUCAGGAGUGGUGUCAUGAGUGUGGUUCGUCAGCCGUGUUCUGCUCCGGUGUCCUGAGCAGGAACAGAGAACCGACAAACAAUGGCGACUCUAUGGACCCAGGAGUUGCUGGUGUCAUAGGAGCAGUGGUGACUGUUGUUGUCUUCGCUUCGAUUGGUAGCAUUUUCGGUCUGCUUACUGCCCUCCGAAAUCGCAAAUCGCGCCAAGGGAAGCAGGGAGGAUUCAAAAGAGAUCGGAAGAUGGCGGGCGAUGCCGAUAUUAUGUUCAGAAACCCUUCAUGGGGCGAUGCCUAUACAGCUGGAAAGCAGAAGUCGGACAACGAUAUGAGCGGGGCGGUUGUGGUUAGAGGGCAGGAACGUUCGGGCAGCUGGGAGAUGACGGAGCCUAAGGAGCGCAAUAAAAACAGUCCUAUGGAGACCGGAGAGUCAGUGCGCUCUCCUUUCGACGACGAAAAUGAAAAUGACGAGGAGUGUCUUGUUCACAGUGCUGUUGAGCCGGCCAAGUUUUCUCGCCCAAUGAAGUACGACAUCCCGACCCUUCUGGCUCUCAGCCGGAACGCUCGCAUAGACAUCGAGAAGUUCAGCACCCAGGCAGCUAGCAACAACCUGAUCCGCCGGCGCAAAGCGAGCUCGAAUGUCUUGACUGAGAUCUCGGUCAACCACUCGAGAGACGUAUCCAACCACUCCCUGCAGUUUGAGAAACCUCGCACAGGUUCGGGUACCCAGCUAAGACGCCCUGCUCGCCAACCUCACGAUCCACCACAAGGAGUUAUUACCCAAUCCGAUCACGGUUUUACCCGGUUUCUCAAGGAGCACUCUUCCCCCAAGCACCAGCGUGUCACAGCCGGAGGUCGAAUCGUACCAAUGGACUCUCUCGGCCCUGCUCCAAAGAUGCAACUGCCGGUGGGCCAACAGGGCGUUCCGGCUACUCUGUUUCAGACCGAAUCGACAAUUAAUGAGUCAGAGAAGAACCCUAACCCAACCACGGAUUCGGACUCCAACGUCAGCAAUUCCUCGACGCUUUUCUCGGUUCCUGGAGGCAUUUUUCCGGAGCAUACAAAGUUACUCAGUGGAAGUGGUACUUUGGCUUCGCAGUUUCAGCUUCCGGGUCUUUUUCCAAGCAUAACGCCGGGCCCUGUCACGCCUGCAAUGCUCCUACAGCCCAAUAUCCCUUUGCCGUCUGGUGGCCAGCAUUUUUUUCAUCCAGAGAACCAGUCUUCGGACUAUUUCCCCCUCUUUUCGAACUGCAGUCCAUAUGGGUUGGGAGCAGAGCAGGCCAACUGGUUUCCGAGUACAAACCAAGGCUUGAACUAUCAUGGCGCCUCCAUUCCCUUCGUACCAGCGGCAAGUCAGCCUAAUUCGUCAAACUCGGGGUCUUCAUCGGAAUUUUCGACAGGCAGUGGCCUUAGCAAUGCUACUACUGCGUUCAGUACACCCUCGACUGGUCUCGAUCCUUUGUACCAGGCCACCGGAUUGUUUUUUGGGCAACCAUUUGCUGCACCUCAGACGUCAGCGUUCAAACAGCCUUUGCACGUCCCCAACGUCCCCCAAGGAGUACCACACGGCAAAUCGUUGCAAGAGGCCACCAAAGAGCAUGUAUCUCUUUCCACAGAGCUUUCUCGUCUCGAUAGAUACAUGGCCAUGCACACGUGGGAUCUGGACCCUAACCAGAAGCAACUGUUGGUUGAACAGCGUAUCAAGCUGGUUCGGGACCUGGAUGCUGUGCGGACGUACAAGGAGCAACUGGAGUUGAUAUAUGGGCCGAUGAAGUCGGGCGCGGCAAAGGCACCGUAUGCACCAUCCGACGCACGAACUCACUCCAGUCGUUGUAAUUCGGGAAAUGUUGCAAAUGAUAGCACUACAUUACCGAAUCGUGCUGCCGGUUCUACUGUCCACCGUGUUCCGUCAACACAGGGAGCUACCAAGCCUAGAAACGCAUCCUCGACAGUCCCAUCGGCUGACCAACAAUCCAGACCAGCAUCUCAACGGCAAAAGAAGGAGAACAAGAAUUCGCUCGAAGUCAAGAAGCGUACUUCGACGAAGAAAGAUUCUUCGCACGAAGCCAAACUGCAGAGUCGCCCUAAGGGAGCGAGUAUCAAUCAGAAGCCUGGGAAGCAGGAGACACAGGUGAAACCAGCCCAUCAAAACGACAUGUCUACUCUCCCUGGCAAUACUGAUGGAUGGACGACACCUACUAAAUCAGCACCCCCGGAGAUUCGCACGGUCUACCGCAAAAUCGAGGAAGCCACCAAGCGCGGUGCCCCGUUGGACGGAUUGCUGCAAGAACUUGCUGCAGUCACCGCGCACCUUGUAAAAAAAGCCAGCGAAGACAGCACCGGAUCGCCUCGCCCGAAGCCGAAGAGGAUGCAAAGAGAAAGUUCACAGGGCCAGACCGGAGGUGAAACAGACACGGCAAGAGUCUUCCCUCAAGCUAUCGGAGGAGGUGAACGACCAGCAAGACUUGCGGCAAGGAGGCAAUGGGCAUCGGAGGAACAACCUCGGACAUCUGCGAAGGUUAUAAUCACAUACGAGACGGACGACGAUGGGGAAUCAUGGUCGUCCUAUUCCACGACUGAUUCAUGGGCUACCAUGCAAGAAGGAGAUAAACGAUGGGUCGAGAGGCAAUUACUAGGGGGUAGGAGCCGUGAAACGAGCAAAAGCCAGGAUGCCUCGAAAAGCGCCGCGAAGACUGGAGGCCAAGUGCAGAAAAAGCUCGAUACCCUGGGAUGGAUUCAGAGCACAAGCCCCGAUCGCAUGGCUCCACAGCAACUUCGCCAGUCCAGCAGCUCCAGUUCUGGUAACAACAAAGCACCGAGUCACACCGAGAGCACGAAGCAGAGCCACCAUCCGUUUUUGAAGCAGUAUUUCAGCAAAGACCGUGAAGGCUUGGUCCCGCAGAAGUCGGCUGCCUUGACAACAUCUCAGAAUGUGAAUGCCCACGCUUGUCUUCCUCAAUUCGACGGUGCGGAAGACACACCGAGCGGUUUAGCCUUGGGUCCGUGUUCCACGGUGUUCCGACAGUCAUUCCAGCGUAUCGGCGAAAACGACAGAUGA